GAUCAAAUUUCGGUAGUUGGAAGUCGUAAAAACGAAUCAAAGCCAUUUACGAAACCAAGACACGUUUUUCUUCCAAACAAAAACACUUUGUUUCGACUGAAAUCUUUUUUAAGAGAGAAAAGAGUGAAAUAUCAAACUAGCCUCGCGCUAGGUUUCUGACACGUUUUACCCCCACCAAGAGCAAAACCUUCUGCUCAGCUCCUUCUGCUGGAAAACAAAUACACUGUGCAGACUCCCUGUCGUGACAGGAAAACAUAAUCGAUGAAUAAUUGUCAUUUCAUACCAUUUGGGACAGUUGCAGUCUGACAUUUUCCUAACUAUCUAAACAAAGUCCAGCCGAAAUGUUCUCUCUGCGCGGUAUUGUCCCGUCCACACAGUGCUGACCAAGCUCUAUCUGUGAAUCACAAUGCCUAUUUAUGAGCAUGUGCCAAAUGGUCACGAAGGCCCGUCGAAUCUCUUGAGAUCAAGACCGCACCCACCGAGGAAAGCAUAUGUAAGAUUUAUAAACACCAGCAACACUCCUGUUACUGUAAAAUGGGUGGAUUUUGAUGGGAAUCUCAAAACUUAUCGAACACUCAAGGAAAAUGAAUAUUUUGACUGUGAUACAUUCCAAGAUCAUGCCUGGGUUUUCAGAGAGUACCCAUGGCACGAUCCUAUGCAUGUUGCCAAUAAAGAGGUGUUCUGGCCCAAAUCAGCCUUUGUCAUGUUAGAAGGAAAUUAUAUUCAAAAGCGGUCUUCAGUGAAAAUUCACAGGCCGCUAGUAUCUCUUCUUACUCUUGCUGCACGAGCUGUUCGUAACAGAUUAAGAUAUAUAAUGGAGCCCUUCUGCUUGGAAAUACCUUUCCUUUUGCAGACAAUGCUUGUUAGGCUCAUGUUGAAGAGUUGGGAAGUCUCUCCAAAACGCCUAAAUACUCAACUAAAUGUACCUGAAGAUCCAGAAAAUAUUAUUUUGAAGAGUGAUUUGGAUGACUUUCAGUUGAAUAUUCUUUUCAUUAGUUACAGACUUUCCCUGCAUGCCCGGAAACUUUUAUCAUUAGCAAGAGAAAUGAAAGGUAAUGGUAAUGUUCGUGCCACCAUUAUCGGCCUUUUGGAAACAAUGAUCUGUGCUCUGGGCUAUGAGGAGCAGCAUAAUGCCCCAGAGAUGUAUUCAAGGAAGUUAGCACCUGUCAUCUGGAAGCAAAUAAUUUUCCUUAGAGUGCAUUUGGAUAAUUUGCAAGCGUGUUGUCCUCUUGAAGAAUUGGACCAAGAUCGAUCAUACUACUAUUAUUUUCUUCAAAGAUUGGUGGAAAGAAGGCGUCGCUUUAUGCCAACUGACCAUCGAAAUUCACUCCAAAAAUAUCAUUGGGAACAGCUAUGUCUACUAGCAGGUGAUCCGCAGUCUGAAAGCUUGCGGGUGAAAGGUGACCUAGCAUAUGACAUUCCCGAACUCCUACCUCUAUGCCAAAGAACAGAGUGGGAGUGGAUUGAUUUAAGGCGUAUGCAGCUAAGGCAUCAUCCCAAACCAGAAAUUGUCAAGAUGUUCAUAAGUGUGACUUCACAAAUGCUUGCAAUAACAAGCAGACUUGAAAAUAUAUUCCAGGUCCUUGGCUUUUUCCAUUACCGUCUCACAGGCCAGCAGCUGACAGAGGAAACUAUAAGUGAAGAGGAGGAGCAGCAUCCUGCCACAGCAAUCUGAAAGGUGAAUAAUUCACCUCAAAAUCAAGAGACUGUUUUGAUGAAAGGCACUUUUGAAUUAACUAGAGACAAAAUUAUGAAUUUAAUGUAGCAAAGAUUACCUUUGUAUCCAUCUGGCCCAUAUUGAAUUUUGCAUAAGUUGGCUUGAAUUCUAUGUGGGUCAGUAAACUAGUGAAAUUAUUUGUAUUGCUCUUUAUAGACAUCUUCCUCAUUCAUAUGUUGUGGUAUCUGCCCCAGCACUGCCCAUUCCCAAGGAACCCCAAUGUCUCAGAUAUGUAAUUGUGAUCUUUUUAGUUUUUAGUCAUGCAUAGUUUAUGCACUUUUAUUGAUGUCAUGUGAUAAAUGCAACUCACUAAUAUUUUUGUGAUGAUUAUGUUCUUCUUGGUACCACUAACGCAAAUUUGUAAGACUGUAGAGGAAAAAGAAGUUUUCCCUAUUUUCCUGACAAUGAUGAAUCUAAUUGAACUAUGAUAUUUCUUCAUGCCAGUAUUGACAGUAGUUAUUGAAAUGUAUUGUUGGUUCCAUGUAGCGUACUUAUAAUAUUGUGAAUGUUUCGAUGACCACUGGUUCAUCAAAAUGGUUCAUCCCCUGUAUCUCCGGAGCAUUGAUGUAAACUUAAGUAGCAAUCACCUCAACUGCUUCAGUAUAGAUUUACCACUGUUCAUUUUCUAUUGUUUCAAUCAUUAAUCAUUGCUUGUAUUGUGGAUGCAAUUAGGUGUAAAAAUAGACCUUGGUCUUCCCUCGUUUAUGCUGACAUAGUUUGUUAAUAAAUUUAUUGUUUUUACCGCCAA